UCCUGUCACUGAGUGUACGGCAUAACCCUGGGAUACAGUAGUAUAUUACCUACUGGGAAUUUUUAUGGACAUGGCUACAUAGUUCAAUGUCCAUGUUUUAUAAUCAUGAAGGCGUCUUGAAUACGGAUUUUGUCUAAAUCGCGGAAGCAUAGUCGCUCUUAGGCUUUUUUCUGUUAUUACUAAGCAAAAUAAGUCGCAUUACGUGCUGUAUUAGUCAUUCAUUCAUGACAUUGAGCUAUCGUAUCAAAUAGCUUUCUUGAUAUACGUGUCUUUUUAUAAUAAUAGUAUAUUAUUUCUUUGUUUGUGAUAAUAAAGUGUAAGGUUCGAUCAUCAAUCUUGAAAUCGCAGUUUACAACAAAAUGUUGCGAAUUGCAUCGAUAUUUCUGUUUUUGGUCAUCUCAAGAAUCAUUGCGCAGGAGUGCAAAGACAAAACACUAUGUUUUGUGCCAUCAGAAUUUAAUCAAAAUGUCGAUUGGGAAUCAGCUACCUCUGUCUACAACUUCGAUGCAGAUGAUAUCAUGGGCAAUAACAUCUCUCUGGAGAAAUAUCGUAAUCAUGUGCUCAUUAUUGUUAACGUUGCUAGCAAUUGUGGCCUAACAGAUAUUAAUUAUAAACAGCUCCAGGAGCUAUAUAAUAAAUACAAUAACAGGGAAGGUUUACGAAUCCUUGCCUUUCCUUCUAAUCAAUUUGCUGACCAGGAACCGGGUACUUCUAAAGAAAUCCGUAACUUUGUAAAGCGCUACAAUGUAACUUUUGACAUAUUCAAUAAAGUUAAUGUAAAUGGAGAGAAUGCCCAUCCAUUGUGGAAGUGGCUAAAAACGCAGAAAGAUGGAUUUAUUACCAACGAUAUUAAAUGGAAUUUUACCAAAUUUAUCAUAGACAAAAAAGGUAAAGUGAUGGAAAGAUUCUCUCCGUCCACUGAACCAUUAGAAAUGGAAGAAACUUUGAAGAAAUAUUUUUAAAUUUUUACAAUGCUUUCUCUUAAGUUUUAAUGACUCACCCUGUAUAUAUAUAGAGUGUGUGUGUAAGCAUACACUUAAGGUAUAUAAAUAGCAUACUCAAGGUGUCUUAUUGAAAAUAAUGUCAUGUUUGAAUAAUUCUGGGGGUUGGUUGUAUCUCAAAACAAUGUGAAAAUUACAAAAGUGAGUAAAUUCACUUUAAAGUAUCUACGAUUUCAUUUGUCGAAAUCUAGUAAAUCUGUUCACUUUUGUAAUUUUCACUUCAUUUUAAAGAUACACAAUCGACUCCCUGAACAAGUGAGUGUUUUAUGAAAAAAUUGCUUGUAUAAAUUAUAUAGUUUUGAAAAAUACGUAAAAUAAUGAUAUUUGCAUGAUUUUACAUGUCCUUGUCAAAAUGACGUCAAAAUCAACUUGAAAUUUUUAAAUGAGAACUCUUAUAUAAAGGAACUUGUAAUGUAACAAUAUUAUCUUGCAAUAAGUUUCUAUUACAGUACUGUUGUAAUAACGUUGCAUAAUAAUAUACAUAUGAUAAAUUACAGUUUUAUAUCAAACGGUUAAUUUACAAAACAUUAUAUUUUUACUAUCACAUUAUAUUAUUGCAAAAUAAACAGAGUGUUUACUGGGUAGCAUUAUUCAAGAUGUACAUAUCUUGUGAAGAUUGUGUGAUCAGAUAUUAUAUGUACAUCUCAUUUAUAUAAUAUGCUGUAACAAAGCGUGCAGAAUUACUUUUUUCUUUCUUAUAUGUUUAAGUGUAAUGGUGUAUGAACAAAUAUAUUAUACUCUCAAGAAAGAUAUGAAUAAGAAAAAUACACAAUUAUUUUAUAAAUAUCAAUGAGAUUUUGAGAUUAUUACAAAAAAUUUAGAUAUAAUUCUUCGUACUUAUAUAAAGUAAGGCUGAAGAAAAAGUAAUCCGGAUUUUUUUGUGAAAAAUAUUAAGUAUUUGUGAAAAGUAUUAAGAAAAAAUAAAACAUUUUCUUUCAAUUAAAA